AGUUGCCGUGCGUACGCGUUGGUGAGCAGUUUAUGUGAUUGUUGUGUUUGUGUAGUGUUGUGACUUGUAUGGAUUAACACACGAAAUUGUGGUGAUCCCAGUGCAGUUUACACGUUUCUCAACCACUUUUGUGGCAAUUAGUGAGUAGCUGAUCAAAAACACUGUCUGUGCCUGUUACACUCCGGUUACGUGUCUGUUACGACAGACUUUCCCAGAGUUGUGUUAUCAGUUAUAUUACACACACACGCCUGCUUCAUAUGAGUGAGGAAACAAAAUCCAAGGAAUAUCGAUUGGCAGCUUUCUUUCUAAUUAAUGACAUAAUUAGAUGAGAUUCACAAAUUCCUGUAUAACUGUAAGAAUCUGCGCCAUUUUUAUGACGUCAUUCCACGUUUUGGGUUUACUGGCUGUUAUUUGGUUUUGUGAUGGUGAGGAAACGAGCUAAUGUUUUCGUCCAUAUGGUUGCCCUACGCUUGUUGAUCUUCCUUUAUUAUGCUGGAGCAUCAUGUGCACUAUCGUCAUCUUCGUCGCCGGCAGUUGUCCACUCUGCCGGGGCUCGAACUGGAGCUGCUGGAGCCACGGCAGCUCGACUGCGUCACUCGAGGCAUCUGCUUGCCAGAGCACCCCCUCCCCCACCGGGGUCCCCCCACGCUGAAGCCCUCCGAUCUGAAGAUGGCUACAUUGAUGCCACUAACAGCCACUACUCUAUGCUGCCGAGUGCUAUCAACUCAGUUGGCUCAGAAAAGCUGACUGUGCAUGAUAAUCACAAACCAUUCUUCACCAACUGCUCCCGUUAUCAGCCGUCUGUCAAAGAGGAGUCGGAACCUGGUGUCUUUGUAUUCCAGGUGACUGCAGUAGACAGGGACCCCCCAGACAGCGGCGGUAGAAUCAUGUACACAAUUGUCUCGAGUCCUGGAGAAAGGCAACAGAAAUUCAACAUAGACCCCAAUACUGGCGUUAUCACAACAAAUAAUUAUAUGUUUGACCGAGAUGAGCCAACGAGAGAGAAAGAGGUGUACUUAUCAGUGCGAGCAACGGACAAUGGCCGACCGCAGUUGGAUGAUGUCUGCACUGUCAAAAUAAUCAUCGAGGAUAUCAACGAUAAUUCACCAGAUUUCGAUAAAGUGAGCUACACAGAGUCCGUCCCACAGGACCUUCCAGUCGGCCAGGAGGUAAUGCGGAUCUCGGCGACGGACAUCGACGAUGGCAACAACAGCAUCAUUCACUACGUCAUCGACCCGGACCUCAACGACGAGCAUGCCGACCAGGAUGCCAAGUACUUCCGCAUCGACAAAGCAACCGGCAGCAUCAAACUCAACAAACCUAUUGAUAAAAGCGCCGGCUACAAGUUCAAGCUACGAGUGAACGCGACAGACUUAGGGUCGCCUCCGAACCACGCCAGCAUGAAGCUCUACGUGGCAGUGGUGGAGUCACACAAGAAAGCUCCCACAUUCACCUAUAUCCAAUCUUCCCCCAUUAUCAUCAAAGAGAACCUGUCCGACUUUUCCUACCAUAUCGCCACCUUCGAAGCUGUGUCGAAUACAGACGAAAAAGCGCCUGUCUUUGAAUUGGUGAAAGGAAAGACGCAGCAAACGAACAAGGAUGACACUUUCCGUCUCUAUGUGGAUGGAAAAAAGGCGUACAUUCGGCUCGGGGCUUUCCUCGACUAUGAAACAAAUCCUGAGUAUACGCUCACUGUCCGUAUUCAGAACAAAUUCCACUUGGCAACUCAGACAUCUGUGACAAUACAGCUGGAAGAUGUGAACGACAGAAUUCCAGCGUUCACAGAAGUUGUGUCUGGAAGUGUGCUGGAGAACGAGCCUCCUGGAACUCCAGUCAUGCAAGUGCGAGCAAUCGACUUGGAUGGAACAUCUGCACACAAUCAGGUAACUUAUGAGCUGGCAGAUAAUGAGGAAUUCUUCGACAUUGAUCCUUACACAGGCAACAUAACCACCAAAGUGACAUUUGACAGGGAAAAGCAAGACUUCUACAAUAUUAAAGUGAUAGCCACGGAUAACUCACCCUCAGCCUUAUAUUCUACUGGAGUUCAUAAUAUUGGUCAACAAGUUUUCAGAAUUGAAAUCGCCGAUAAGAAUGACAAUCCACCAAAAUUCACCAAAAGUGUCUACGUGGCUGAAUCUAUUUUGGAAAAUGCUGAUCAGAACUCCUUGGUGACCGAGGUGAAAGCUUUGGAUAAUGACACAGCAUCCUCCGUUACCUACAGCAUUGUUGAUGGAAAUAUCAAUGAUGCUUUUGUAAUUGAAGACAGUACUGGCAAAAUUCGUGUGGGAACAAACGGAUUGGAUUACGAGAAAUUGACAAAUUACACCUUGAAAGUAAGAGCUUUCGACGGCGUUUAUGAGGAUUAUUGUAGUGUGAUAAUUAAGAUUGAAAACGUAAAUGACAACCAGCCUGUGUUCCUGCCUUAUCAAAACAACAUCACCAUUGAAGAGGAGAAGCUAGUUCAUGGAUGUAUUGUGAAGGUUGAAGCAUACGACCCAGACAUCCCAGACCGUUCUGCGCCUCAGCACAUCAACUACUUUGUGGUGAAGGAGGAUCAGCAAAAACUGCUGAAGAUCGACAAGAAAGGGUGUUUGUCGCUGAUCAAGCCUUUGGACAGAGACCCUCCUGACGGCUUCGAGAUCUGGCAGGUGCUGAUUGGCGCUGAUGACGAUGACGGAAAACCCAACUCUCUCCGUUCCACCACUGAAGUAGUCAUCACUCUAAUUGAUAUCAACGAUAACGCGCCUUUCCUGUCUAUUAUGCAGCCAGUCGUGUGGAGAGAGAACCAGCCACCGGGGCCCAUAGUGCAGCUCAAGGCCAAAGACUACGACGGCCCCGAAAAUGGGGAGCCUUUCAAGUACGCCUUGGCACCCAGCACUAGUGUCGAGAUUCAGUCCAAGUUCUCCAUUGUCGGAGAUCAGCUGAAGGCACUAGUCUCAUUCGACCGAGAGGACAAGAAAUCUUACGAAAUAAAAAUAUCGAUCACUGACAGUGGAAAUCCUCCCCAGACUGGCACUAGCACUCUUCAAGUGGUCAUUGGAGACGUCAAUGAUAACGCUAUGAAACCAGGAGAGAGCUCCAUUUUUGUCUACAAUUAUAAGGGAGAAGCACCUGACACGGAAAUCGGCAGAGUCUACGUUGAUGACCCUGAUGACUGGGAUUUGGCCGACAAGAGGUUUGAGUUUGACGGUUCAACUCACCAUUACUUCGACCUCAACUACAAGACUGGAAUGAUUACUAUGCUGCAGGGAGUUAAGGAGGGCUCUUAUCAACUCAAUUUCAAGGUUACUGAGGAAUCGCACCUCAUCCCGUUACAUACAGUGGACGCCAUUGUCAAUGUGACAGUGAAAGUAAUUCCUGAAGAGGCUGUUGACAAAUCUGGAUCUAUCAGGCUGUCAGGAAUCAAAGCUGAGGAAUUUGUGGCUGAAGACUCUAGGGGCAUGAACAAGUACUCUCAGUUUCGUAUGAGGUUGGCCAAAUAUCUAAACGUGAGCUUGGAUAACGUGGACGUGUUCACAGUGCUUCACUCUCCUCAUAACACCAACCUAACAGAGCUGGAUGUCAGGUUCUCAGCGCAUGGAUCGCCCUACUACGAAGCCGAAAAACUCAACACCGCCAUUGCUGUGCAUCAGGCUGAUCUUGAACGAGCCCUCGGUGUGAAAAUCCUGAUGGUGAACAUCGACGAAUGUCUGAUAGAGAAGAAAUACUGCAGAGAAGAGAAGGGAGACUGCAUCAACUUCCUGAACAAGAGCAACUCGCCAAGUCCGGUCUACACUAACACCACCACCUUUGUCGGCGUGAAUGCGGUCAUAGAGCCAUUCUGCAGCUGCCAUUCUCCCAAGAAAGAGCUCACCAUUUGCCAUAACGGAGGCACACCUGUUGGCGAUACAUGCGAAUGCCCCGACGGAUUCGAGGGUCCAAAUUGCGAAAUUUUGGGCAUCGGAUUUUCGGGGGAUGGUUGGGCCCUGUACCCUCCUGUACCCUCCUGCAUUGACUCGCACAUCUCCCUGCAACUGCGAUCCAACAAACGUGACGGACUUGUCUUCUAUGUGGGACCCUCCUACCACAACCAGCAUUUGCCUAUUCAAGAUUUCAUGUCGUUGGAACUGCGCGGAGGCUUCCCGGUGCUACUAGUCGACUACGGCACGGGCACCGUUCGCAUAGAGCAGCACGAGAUCGAUUUGGCGGACGGUGGCACACAUCUCAUCGAGAUAGAAUGGAGCGAGACGAGCAUCGAGCUACGAGUGGACAACUGUCGUCGCCAGAACUGUCUGAAGCUGACAACGCCCGUUGGUCCCAACCAGUUUCUCAACGUGAACGGGCCGCUGCAGAUUGGCGGCACUCACUUUGACCUGCAACUGCUCGGCAGUCAGACCAACUGGACCUACAAACCGCAGGAUAUUGCGUUUGAUGGGUGUGUUCAGAACUUUACGUUCAACAGAAAGCUGUACAAUUUGGGAAUGCCCAGCCUUUCAAAGAAUAUUGACGUUGGCUGUAAUAGAGGAAUGGCUGUUGCAGUUACGUUUGGAAUUGAUACAAGCUUUCUAGUCGCCAUUUUACUAUGCCUCUUGAUUCUAUUGGUGCUACUUUUGGCAGUGGUUGUACAUAGGAGAAAAACGGACGACCUGUACAAGGACAUCGAUGACAUCAGAGAAAACAUCAUCAACUAUGAGGACGAGGGUGGUGGGGAGGGGGAUAUGACUGCCUACGACCUGAAUGUGCUCAAGCUGCUCUACGACAUACCGGAGAAGCAACAGCCCAACGGAACGCAUCUGCUUCAGAAACCUGGUGCAGACUCAGUGCCUGACAUAGACGGUUUCCUGAAUGUGAAGAAGCAGACAGUGGACCAGGAUCCCGACGCCACUCCGUUCGACGACGCCCGCCAUUACGCCUACGAGGGAGAUGGUAACACCACCGGAUCGCUCUCCUCUCUCGCUUCUGGUACUGACGAGGCCGAUCUAAACUUCGAUUACUUGUCGAACUUCGGGCCGAGAUUCAGGAAGCUGGCCGAUAUGUACGGUGAGGAUCCCAGUGAUGAGGAGGACAAUUACCAUAAUGCCGCCUCGGAGUCAUGGUGUUAACAAUAUCACAGAUAUCAGAGCGAACAGUGGUAACCGGUUAUCAGUGGUAACGGAACUGUUACAGCCAUCACAAAAUAGUCGACGUUGGUGAAAGGACUGUUACAGGUGUCAUUGAAGACAAAACUGAUCAAAAAUCUGUCAAAUAACAUUGUUGGAAAAUUGUAAUGAGUUAUGAUUGAUGAUAAAACUGUUCCAUUUAUCAUUGAUAACUUCAACAGUUCUGAUUGAUCACAGGAAUAGUCAGUUGUCAACCAACUUUGUUAUCAUUGAUAACUGCAACAGUUCUGAUUGAUCACAGAAUAGUCAGUUGUCAACCAACUUUGUUAUCAUUGAUAACUGCAACAGUUCUGAUUGAUCACAGAAUAGUCAGUUGUCAACCAACUUUGUUAUCAGUUAUCAUUGGUGAUUUUGAUCAGUUACCAUUGAUAGCAGAACUGUUACCAGUCUGUGGUAUAGUAUUAUUGAAAUAUUGUAACGACUGAAGCCAAGUUCAGUAUUUCUAUCCACGUUUUCACGCAACGUAUUACGUUUCUGUGACGUGAAUCAGAUGUAAAGUAUUCCGUAUGUCACCUCUAUACGUCAGACUUGAAGACGUCAUUUUGCAAGUCUGAUCAUUGAAAUGAGACAGAGAUAUUGUAGUACCUACGUCUAGUACCUUGUGUGAAAACUUGCUAGGAGUACGAAAGGUUCCAUGAAUAUAGCACACAUUGUAUACUCAUCCAAUAGCUAUCUGAAUUUGUCAAUCAUUGAAAUGAGACAGAGAUACUGUAGUACCUACGUCUAGUACCUUGUGUGAAAGCAUGCUAGAGGUACGAAAGGCUCUAUGAAUAUAGCACACAUUGUAUAAUCAUCCAAUAGCUAUCUGAAUUUGUCAAAUUUUUGUAAAUUGAAUUUAUGUAAAAGCAUUCAUAUCGAUGUUAAAUGAAAAAACUAAGAAAUUCUCAUAAAAAGUCUUUUCCAUUUAAUUUGAAUAAUUACCACAAUAUCAACACAAAAAGUUAUAUUAAUAACCUCUCACUUACAGUAAACUCUUGACAUUCUUCACAAGGUGAACUGUCAAGUUAUUGCUCGAGAGGAAACAUUUUUCAUGAAAUUAUACACAAUGACAAUAGCAACUUGGAAGUAUGAUUUACAGUAGGUUUUCGCAAGGAGUUAGUUCUAUGAAUAUAUUGAUUUCAUGAAGUAUGAGAAAUUUAUAUUGGAAGAAGUUUCGAAAACUAACAGAUUGUGCUUCUGAAGAUUUGAAAAACUAUAUAUCGUACAUAUGCAUCAACAAAAACACAAUAUCUUGUUAUUUUUCAAAAUAUAUAUCCAUUGUGGAUAGC